AUAGCAACGCCUCGAGUCUCCGCCCCGUCUCCGGUCUGAUUACAUUACGCGCGUUCUCUACCCAUUCCCAUCCACCAGCUCGAGGCAGGCCAGUCAAAACGACGAGACCAUCCCCCUCCCCCCCCCAAAAGGCGUUGGCAAGCCACUACAAAAACCUCGGGCCAAAGAAAAAGCCCAAAAAACAAAACAACAAUCCAACCCACUCCGACCUGGGACAACCCAAAACAAAAACAUCUGAUCUCCGUCCUGAACCCAGCCCGAACCCCAGCAUCACCUCCUUGCCUAUCCAGUCUCCCGAGUCUCACCCGGACUCCUGAUAUCUCGCCCCGUCUUCUUCUACCUCGACGUCUAAAACGAGGACGAUCCGAUACGAGAAUCAGACCUGUAGGCGAGCCGCCCCGACCAGCCCUAGCAGCUGUCUACCCAGCGAAGACGAGACCUAGCUCCCAGUGGACACCUCGCGAGACUCCGUCACCCUGCUACUUGGAUAUUAUCUCAGCCGCAGGCCGCCCCUAGGAUUACGACCCAGCCGGCUUGGCUGUUUCUCCCUCGCCGCCUCCGCGCGCUUACUUGGAGGUACGACAUCACCCUUAUAACGUCCGCCCGAGUCGCUCGCUCGCUCGCCACGUAAACCUGUUCUUCGCCUCUGCCGUCUUCCCUCCCCGUGUCCCGUCCCGACGUUAACCUGUGACCUUGUCGCGUCGCAGGGCGUAGCCAUCAGACGAAAUGGCGCUAUUCGAAAAGUUGGACGUCAACCCGGACAAGGUCCCCAACACCAAACUCGGCCUCCACAUCUUCCAGAUCGUCCUCGCUCUGGUAAUAUUCAUCCUUGAGAUUGUGCUCUUCCGAGCAGACGGAUCUGUAAUCAACGGAAACAAUGGCUGGCCAUUCGGACUGUGUUUCUUGUCCAUCCCGGCCUGGCUCUACCUAGGCAUGGCGCCGCGAUUCGAGCGCACCCGGAAAAUUGCUAACGCCCACGUCAUGGUCGUUUUCGACACCGUCUUCGCCAUCUUCUGGCUCUCCGCCUUCGCCAGCCAGGCAGCCUAUAACACCGCCAACUCGUGCGGUACGGCUUGCAACAUCAGCAAGGCCAUCGUCGGAAUCGCCUUCUUCGAACUCCUCGCUUGGGUGGCGACGACGGCCGUCAGCGUCUACACGCUGCGGUACUACCAGCGCACAGACAGCCUCCCCGGCUACGAGAACAUGGGGCUCAACCAGAACAUCGACCCCGACAAGGCGGCCUUCUCGAUGGCGCCGCACGACGAGGAGGCCUACGCUCCCGUUAACAUGGACGACCACAACGACGAUCACCGUGAUGACCGUCGCGACGACCACCUCGGCAGCACCAACGCCCCCUAUGACCCAGACUCUUUCGGCAACCAUUUCAACAACGACACCUCGUACCGACCCCACAGCGUCUCGCCGGCCCCGCUCGAGAAUCCGUUCGACCAGGCCUACCGGACGCACAGCUCGUCGCCCCACAGCGACGUCUACGGCGACCCGUACGGCUCCCAGAGCUCACGGCCACACAUCUAUGCUCCCCCUGCAGCUGAGGAUUUCAACGACAACGGCCCAGUCAAAUUCCCUAGCGCGAACUACGAUCGCACCUUGCACUAAGGAGGCCGAUCAAGGAACGUUCUGCUUUUAUUUUCCCCCAUCCGUUCCCUCACCCGUUGGUGUAAUGGUCAAGAUCUUGGCGUCCGUGUUGGUUUUUUAAGGAGUAACUGCAGCCCCCGGCACCCGCAGUUGGUAAAAAUAGUGAUAGUCAAGGGCCUACGAGGGGCGAGGAGGGAAAGGGUUUUAGUAAAACCCACUCGGGGAUCUCGGUCACGCAACACAGAUGUAUGAAGACAAGGCAAUCGCUACGGUGGGAAUAUUUCCAGGGUGGCAGGUCACCCAUACAGGAGGAGGAGGAGAGAGAAGGAAGAGAAAAUGGGAAUCGUUAUGAGCGGUACUCGGUGUUCCGGACAAACAACUUUACAUACUCGCCUCCAUAUGGAAGCUCCGCGAGAGAGGAAGAGAGAUAUACAUACAUGUGUGGAUAUACCAGGAUAGGCAGUAUCCGAUUUGUUGCAACAGCAGGCUCGUGUUUUGAAAAAGUUUAGUAUACCGGCAUGGCACGGCAUGAAGAAACACAAACCCUACAUAUCGUGUCCGAAGGUUUAAUCACUCCCUUCUCCUAUUUUUUUCUCUUAGCGUUGGUUUGGCCUCUGGUUGGCUCUCUGUGAGAUUGUUGGUUUGGUUUUUCCAGCUUCAAUUUACGCAUCAUCGAGGGUUCGUAUCCUCGUUUCCAACUAAGACGAACGUUUCUUAACGAAGCUUUUCACGUAUAUCCAGCAUUUUGAUGGCCA